AUGUGGAUUUUUGUUCUGGUUGGAAAUAUUCUACAAGGAAUAGGUGAGACCCCAGUAGAGCCUCUGGGACUCUCCUAUGUGGAUGAUUUUGCAAAGGUGGAAAACUCACCAUUUUAUAUUGGAAUAAUACAGACUCUGUCCGUCCUUGGUCCGCUGUUGGGGUCCUUGUUGGCGUCUUACUUUGCACAGAUCUUCGUUGAUAUUGGUUUCAUAAAUCUGGAUGAGGUAUAUAUAACCAUGACAGACACGCGUUGGGUAGGUGCUUGGUGGAUGGGAUUCCUGGUCAGCGGAGUCCUCAACCUCCUUGCUGCUGUGCCCUUCUGCUUCUUCCCAAAGACUCUGCCCAAAGAGGGGGAAGAGGGUCUAACUGAGCUGAGGGAGACACUGCAGUCACCAGUACCUGAAAACAAUACAGAGACUGUCAAAAGAAAGGAGCUGACAUUGCAAGCAGGAUUUCUACUCGUUUUAAAGAAUCUAUUGAAGAAGAAGGUCUAUAUGCUGUUCAUUCUGGUCACAGUCAUUCAGUUCGGAGCUUUUGGCGGGUUUUUUUCAUUCUUCCCCAAAUACCUGGAGCAGCAGUAUGGGAAGUCUGCAUCAGAGGCCAUUUUUUUGAUUGGGAUGUACAGCCUGCCUAUCAUUGCUGUGGGAUACUUCCUGGGUGGAUUUUUAAUGAAGAGAUACAAGAUCUCCACCUUUCUGGCUGCCAAGAUUGGUUUUUGCACCUCCGUAACAGAAUAUCUUCUCUAUUUUCUGGCCUUUGCUUUGUUGUGCAAGAAUGCGGCUGUGGCUGGACUCACUGUCACAUAUGAUGGAAUUGAGGGCACUUCCUACUCGGAUAACUUAACGGCGGACUGUAACCUGAACUGCAACUGCCCUACCGAUAUCUGGGACCCUGUGUGCGGUGAUAACGGCAUGGCCUUCGUCUCUGCCUGUUUAGCUGGCUGCUCAUCCUCUAGUGGAAGAGGGCAGGAUGUGGUUUUUCACAACUGCAGCUGUGUUCUAUCCACAAACAGCACCGCCAUACUGGGCCAGUGUCCUCGGGAAGAGAAAUGUAACACCAUGCUGCUGUACUUCAUGAUCCUCAACCUGCUGUGCUGCUUCAUCUACUCAUUGGGGGCCAUGCCAGGAUACAUGGUGCUCAUCAGGGAGUCUCACCCCCGAGGAAAAGUCUUUCGGCUUGGAAUUCACCUCUUAGCUGCACGAGCACUGGGUGGGAUCCCCUCCCUAAUAUACUACGGAGCUGCCAUAGACUCAGCCUGUAUAAAAUGGGGAACAAACUACUGUGGUGAACCAGGAGCAUGCCGGAUGUACGAUUCUGAUGCCUACAGGUAUUUAUUUAUUGCUUAUAUUUAUAGAGCUCCAACAAUGAAUGCAGCACUUUACAUAUAA